AUGACACAAACUGACAGCAAAUCGCAACUGGAUGCGACAAAAGACGCCGUCACCAAGCAAGGCGAGGUGGUCAAAAAGCUGAAGCUUGAGAAGGCAUCAAAGGAACAAAUACAACCUGAGGUCGACAAGCUUGUGGCUCUGAAGGAACAGCUGAAGCAGCUGUCGCUGAAAGAGGACGGUGCUGACAAGUUUGACCGUGCGACACUGGAGUCGGUUUUGCUUAAGCGGUUCUUCUAUGCGCCGUCGUUUGAGAUCUACGGUGGUAUUGCCGGUUUGUACGACUACGGCCCGCCAGGUUGCGCUCUGCAAAACAACAUCCUGACGCUAUGGCGUCAACACUUUGUCCUGGAAGAAGACAUGCUGGAGGUUGAGUGCACGAACCUAACACCGGAGGCGGUUCUGAAGACCUCGGGCCACGUCGAACGGUUCGCAGACUACAUGGUCAAGGACGUGAAGAGUGGUGACAUCUUCCGCGCCGACCAUCUCGUCAAACAGGUGCUUUCCUCCCGUCUGGAGUAUGACACGAAGCUGGCAGCCGGCACAGCACCGAAGCUGGCAAAGGGUCAAGCCAAGGUUGAGCCACUGAGCGCCGACGUGCGGAAAGACUACGAAAUGGUGCUUGAGACACUGGACAACUACGUUGGUGAUGAGCUGACCAAACUCAUUCGGAGAUUGGACAUCCGCGCUCCCACCACUGGCAACGAGGUUACCGACCCCGUCAUGUUCAACCUCAUGUUCGAGACCCAAAUCGGCCCCACCGGGCAGUUCAAGGGUUACCUGCGUCCCGAGACCGCCCAAGGUCACUUCCUCAACUUUAAGCGUCUUUACGAGUUCAACACUGGCCAAGUACCCUUCGCCUCCGCAUCCGUCGGAAAGUCCUUCCGUAAUGAGAUCUCACCAAGACAAGGUCUUUUGCGUGUCCGAGAAUUCACAAUGGCUGAAAUCGAGCACUACGUCGACCCAACAAACAAGAAGCACGCCCGCUUUGGCGAGGUCAAAGAUCUCGUGGUCCCUCUGUACUCGGCUACGGCGCAAGAAGCCGCGGCCGGCCCCACAAAGAUGACCAUUGGCGAGGCCGUCGAGUCCGGCGUGAUCAACAACCAGACACUCGGCUACUUUGUUGCCCGUAUCUACCUCUUCCUUACCCGGAUAGGUAUCGACCCCGAACGCCUUCGCAUGCGUCAACAUAUGUCGAACGAGAUGGCCCACUACGCCUGCGAUUGCUGGGACGCGGAGAUCAAGAGCAGUUACGGCUGGAUAGAAUGUGUCGGUUGCGCUGACCGGUCUGCGUACGACUUGACAGCCCACACCAACAAGACGGGUGAAAAGCUCGUUGUUAGGGAAACGCUGCCCGAGCCUAUCAUUGAGGAUAAGGUGGUUCUGGAAGUGAACAAGAAGAACUUCGGUCCGGCUUUCAAGAAGGAUGCUAAGGCUGUUCAGGGCUACCUGGACUCUCUAAAGACUGGUGAUUCUUGGAACGAGGCGGAACUGCUGAAGCUGAAGAGCGAGAUUGACGCCAAUGGCAAAGUGUCUGUAACUGGCACCGACGGCAAGCAAUAUGAGCUCACCGGCUCCCUGGUUACCAUCGAGAAGAAGACAAUCAAGUCUCACAUCCGCGAAUACAUCCCCAGCGUCAUCGAGCCAUCAUUCGGUAUCGGCCGCAUCCUCUACCAACUCCUCGAACACGCGUACUACCGCCGCGAAAGCGACGACGAAGCCCGCCAUGUUCUCCGUUUCCCGGCCGCCGUCGCGCCCAUCAAGGCCCUCGUGCUCCCCAUCUCCCACAGCGACGAGUUCACGCCGUACAUCAAGGAGAUCGUGACGAGCCUGAGGCGCUGCAAUAUCGCGAAUAAGGUGGAUGACUCGGCGUCGUCGAUUGGUAAACGGUACUCGAGGAAUGAUGAGCUGGGUACGCCGUUUGCCGUCACCGUGGAUUUCCAAACGGUGCAGGAUCAGACGGUUACGUUAAGGGAGAGGGAUUCUAUGUUGCAGAUUCGUGGCAAGAUCGCGGAUAUCGUCGACAUCGUGAAGAACCUCGUCGAGGAGAAGACUACGUGGGCGGAGGUUCAGGCCAGCAACCCGGCCUUCUCUGAGCAGGCGCUCUAA